AUGUCCCUCGAUUGGAGUCCCGCACAACAAGAGGAAUAUGUAAUGCCUGAAGAGGGCUUUGAACCAUUGGACAGCCAGGUUCGCCAAUUCAAGGCUGAAUUGAACGGAAAUCUAGUUAAUAGCACCGGCAGCGCUUCUUUUCCAAUUGACGACUCCAACCAAGCACAAAUCCUCCAACCUUUUCAAAUAGUCGAACACAAAAUGAGUGUUCGACUGAUAGAAGAGAUCGUAAAUGCCGCACAGAAGGCCGUAAAUGCCGCACAAGAGUCCUUAAACGACGCACAGAAAGCCCUAAACGCCGCCAAGGACGUAGUCAACGAGAACCGGGCGAAUGGCUUCUGCAUUGAGCAGAAUACUUCUCGAGGCCAAUCCACGGGGAUAAAAGAGGAGAGUAUUAAGAAGCUUCCUGUUGUAGGGAAGCCGCGACGUAGUAGAGGGGCACGAGGGGCACGAGCCAAAAUUGCCUGUAAUAUUUGCCGGGAGCGAAAAGUAAAAUAUAUUAUUGGACCUACCGGGCCUUGCGCCGGGUGCAAGGGUGAAGGCCAGCAUUGUGAGGUUUCAAGCUCUAGGCGUAGAAAUUGUGCAAACAAGAAGACUAUACGAGAGGAUCGUGAGAGCGAAGGAUCGCUUUUAAAGUGUGCGUAG